GUCAGUUUUUCUUUGACUUUUCUCUGGUGUUAUGCAGUUGACGACAGUGUGAAGUUCCCGGGGUGAUUUUAUUACGAGCGGAACGGGAAUCCAGACUGCCCUGUACGACACCGUCGGCGGCCUUUACGACCGGACCGGAGUCCUGAGGAAUGAGGACGUGUCCAGGGCUGAGUAGAGUGGCUAGUUAGGACACACAUUCCUCUGGAUAUUGAACUGUACUAGCUAUGUCGUCUGGGAUGACUGGACAGACACCGUGCCUAACCAAUAGCAGCAGAUGGGAUCAGCCUGCUCAGCCCAAAACGAGGGUAGACGUCAUGCAAGGCUUCGCUUCCUCUGCCCAGACCUGCGCAUCGGCCACUACGACCCCUCAAUCAGCCCAGCACCCUGUAGCUGGCCCCAUGGUGCCUCAGGCAUUGCAGGGGGACAUGCCAGCAGCACAGGGGGGAGGCGUGGAGAUGGCUGCUGCUAUGGCUGCUAAGAUCAAUGCUAUGCUGAUGGCCAAGGGGAAACUGAUGGUUCCUCCACCACUACCUGGCAAGAUCCCUCUGUGUAUGUCGGCUGCCACUAGUGGAGACGAGACUGUGGUGACGGAGGUGGAUAUCAACGAUGUGCCCAUCAACAGCAGAAACCUGCUCACCAAAGGGAAAACACAGGAAGAGAUCCGUCAGUUCAGCGGUGCAGUCGUCUCAACCAGGGGCCACUACAUGACCAGUGCAGAGAAGUCCCAUGGAAAGGGAGUAGAAAGGCCCUUGUAUUUACACGUCCAGGGGAAGAGCCAAGACGAGGUCAAUAAGGCAGUGCUGAGGAUAAAGGAGAUCAUCUCUGAGGAUGUGUUGAGGACAGCUGCAGCAUUAGGAUCCCAGCUGAGACCCGUCAUACCCCCCCUGCCUCUCUACCCCCAGCCCCCUCGCCCCAUGGCUGCCCCACACCUACCCAGGAUGCCUAGUGUCAACCCUCCUGUGCCACAUGGACACCGGCCCGCCGCGCCACACCAAGGGAGUUUUGUGCACGUCAAGAUUUUUGUGGGUCUGGACCAGUCCCUGCCCUCGUUCAAUGUGAACGAGAAGGUGGAGGGUCCUGCGGGGAUGUACCUGGGACACAUCCAGACAGAGACGGGAGCCAGAGUGUUCCUCAGGGGGAAAGGCUCGGGGUACAUAGAGCAGGCCUCACGACGGGAGUCCUUCGAACCACUCUACGUCUACAUCAGCCAUCCCUACUCCACGGGGCUGGAAGCUGCCAAGAAACUCACAGAGAGCCUGUUGGAAACUGUGAGAGCUGAACACAGCCGCAUGGUGUCCAUCUACACAGCCACCGGCUCCACCCAACCAUACCCAGCUCAUGGAUACCCAGCUAAUAGCUCUUACUCUAGCCAGGGCUGGUACAGCAGUGGUUACCCAGGGUGUAACGGGCUGUCUGGGGGCUAUGCUGCCUCUACCAGCUACCCCACACCGCCAGGACCCUCUGGCUAUUGGACUAGUGCUGCUAGUGGUCAGCCCAGUCAAUCUAACCUGUCGACAAACCCUCCAUCUUCUCAGGCUAUGGUUCAGUAUCCUGUCUGUCCCAGGAAGACACACCCAUACCUAUUGCAGGACCCUGGGUGCAGUGACCCGACGGAGACUGACCCGACGGAGACAGACCUGUCGUCAUCCAGCUCCCCUCAGACAGGGACAGGAAGUCCUAAACGGCGCUUUCAGGAAAAGACUGAGGAUGAGCGGGCCUCUCAGCCUGCCAGCAGCUCACCUGAGGCCCCGGUGAGAGAGAAGUCUCCUCCUCUACCUCCAGCUCAGAGAGAGGAAGAGUCGGGACAAGGAGCUGAAAGGAUGUUGAUGCCACCUCCUCUCCCUGUGUUUCUGGCCCCUGGCCCUGUGGCACGAAAGAGACCCAGGGAGACAGCAGUACCAGAGGUCCCACCCAGUCUACCACCCAGAACCCUCGGCCCUGUGGCACACAAGAGACCCAGGGAGACAGCAGUACCAGAGGUCCCACCCAGUCUACCACCCAGCACCCCUGCAUCACAGGAUUGUCCUCAGGAGGUGAAGAAGACUAAGGUAGUGGAGAACCCUUCAUGCCUAGUACCCUACGGUGGGGACUCUUCUGAUGAGGGAGAGGACUCCUAGCAGUAAGACUCUAACUCAUACGCCCACUACCCUUCACUAAUCCUAUCAGCCCCAACCUAAAGUGUCCUCAUUCCACAUAGAUGCUGGGUUGCAGUGUUCAGCCCAAGUCUAGCUUAGCUCUGCUAUUACCGUCAUCGACUACUGGACAUUGGACAGAGCGUGGCAUUGCUAUGGCCCCGCCCCCUCAAAAAUAAAGCUACUUUAUGUUAAUUAUUAAACCCUUUUCAUUUGAAAAGGUCCUUUUUAUUUCAAAUCUGAAAAAGCAUAUGUAGUUGUCCAUUCACGACCGAGCCUGCUCUACGACCGAGCCUGCUCUACGACCGAGCCUGCUCUACGACCGAGCCUGCAGUACACAAAUUCACUGAUUUAUUACUGUUAUAUUGUGUAUAAUCGAAAAUGGUGUGAAUCUGUUCCCAUGGAAUACAUUAAUAAAUGGAUUUGGAAACAACA